UAUAGCGGUGUGUAUAUCACGGCUUGUAGUGUCUCAAUAGGGCGACACAAUACUGGACUAUCGAUGGACUUGAAUGGAAAUGUCGUAUUCGAUGGGAUUUUUAAAGCAGAGUAUUUUAUGUGAAUUUUUACUAUCUUUAAAUUGUGGUCAUUCAUCACACGAAUCAAUGAACGUGUCCAUUGCCCCUAAUGAAGUGUGAAAUCAAAUCACAGUGAUAAUCACACAGGCAGGGCACUCGCUGGACGCUACAGUAGUAUAUGUGAGAUGAAGGCCCAGCGAUGCUGCUGAGAUCCCCUCUGCCUCCUCGCCUCUGACGCCAUCAUGCUGAAGACGGAGGCCUUGGGGGAGAGGACCGCUCUCCGGAGCGCCUCCCCUCACCGCAAUGCCUACAGGACAGAGUUCCAGGCCCUGAAGAAGGCCUUCGACCAGCCGCCCCGGCAGGACGGCAAGGAGCCCCAGCUCAAGGACACCGAGCGGGUCACCCAGCGCCGGGGACGACAGUAUGGAGCCCACGUCAGCCGCAUCAAGGACAUGUUCAUGCAGAUGCAGGGCACAGAGAGCGCCGGCGCCACCACCAGGCAGGAAGACCCGUCGCCUCAGAAGAUGACGAAGCCCACCAACUUCAUCAACAAGGCAGAUGGCUCGGUCAUCAAGCUGACGCAGCACCCUACAGCGGACCGAACCAACGCAGGGUCAAAGGUCAUAGAGACCAGGAGGCUGUUUGAGCAGCAAUCGCGCGAAGCCUCCCAGUCACCCGUCUACUCCUACGGUCGGGAGAAGAGGGGUUCUUAUGAGCAUCUGGAUGACUGGCGAGGGGCUCGCUCCAACAGGGGCAGCACAGACUCCCUGGACUCGCUGUGUUCCAGAACGGAAGCCCAGUCACCCACAGUGAGCCAGCUGAGCGCUGUGUUUGAGAACGUCGACCAACAGGGAGGGGGAGGAGGGGGCGGGGUUCAGUUCCGGCGAGGCUAUGGGGGCCGGGCACUAUACUCCCCUGACAAUUUCCACCGGCACGGCGACGUCAGCGAAGACGACUCACGCCAGUCCCCGGUGCGUGGCGGAGGGUGCAGGAACCGCGUGGGGGGCAAAUUCCCUAUAUCCUCGUCCUCAGAGGACCUCCUCAGCCCCAGCCCGCUGUCAGAGGCAGUGGAGCUAAAACCCGUCCCGCAGGAGGAGAAGCCUCAGGAGAGAGAGGAGACAGCAGGGGAGUUAGGACAGAGGGACAGAGAGAGACAUCCCGUAGGGCCAACCACCAACGGAGGCGAGGUGAACGGAUCGUGUGAGGAGAAACCGGCGGAGGAAACCGACAACGUCAGAGAGACGGAGGGAGUCUGCAUGGACUCAAGGCCCACGAAUGACGCCACUCUCAUGGACAAGACUUUUGAGGACACCCCUGAUACCCCAGCUACCCCAGCCACCCCAGCCAAGGAUGAAGCCCAGGAUGAGACAGAGGUCCUUGGGGAGGAGGUGGAGAAGGCCUCCUCCAGGCCCAGGAUUUCUCCAGAGGACCAGGCAGAAGAGCCCAAUGAGGAAUACAUUGGGAACGAAAGGGUGAUUUUUAAUGCGGACGGGGACGCUUGCUACAAGGGCUGGGGGGAGAGCUGUACUGACCUUGACGAUGACCUUUAUGGUGACGAUGAUGUCAUCUAUGACCCUGGGAAUGAUCUUACUGAGAUCCCUGGUCUACCAGAAGAAGAGAAGGAGGAUAUCCCUCAUAAGAGGAAACUACGCUUCAGCACCAAACCCAUGAUGGUGUUCAACACCUACUGUAACGAGGACUAUGACAGGAGGAAUGAGGAGGUGGACCCGGUGGCCUCGUCAGCAGAGUACGAGCUGGAGAAGAGGGUGGAGAAACUGGAGCUGUUCCCUGUAGAGCUGGAGAAAGAUGAAGAUGGCCUUGGUAUUAGCAUCAUAGGGAUGGGAGUGGGUGCAGACGCCGGUCUGGAGAAACUGGGCAUCUUUGUCAAGACUGUCAUUGAGGGCGGGGCGGCUGAGAGAGAUGACAGGAUCAAGGUGAACGACCAGAUCGUGGAGGUGGACGGCACCAGUCUGGUGGGGGUGACCCAGAGCUUUGCUGCCUCUGUCCUGAGGAACACCCAGGGAGUGGUCAGGUUUGUGAUUGGUCGAGAGCGUCCGGGCCAGGUGAGCGAGGUGGCUGCUCUGAUCCAACAGACUCUGGAGCAGGAGAGGAGACAGAGAGAGAUGCUGGAGCAGCAGUACGCCCAGUAUGACGCUGAUGACGAUGAGACAGGGGAGUACGCCACUGAUGACGAGGAGGAGGAGGCAGGGCCAGCUGCGGACAGGGGCGGGGACGGGGAGGGCGAUGGCGAGAAGAGCAUUGAGGUGUUCGAUUUGCCAGAAACGGAUGACAUCAUUUCCCCCUCAGAGUUGGAUGCCACCAAACUCUACCAGAAGUUCAGAGAGCUGCAGAUCAAGCACACUGUCACCGAAGCAGAGAUACAGAAGCUCAAAAACAAGCUUGCAGCGGUGGACAGGGAGAAGGCACGCUGGGAGAAGGAGAAGAGCCAGCUGAAGGCCAGCAUGGAGGAGAACAAGGAGAGGAUGCUGAAGCUGGAGAGUUACUGGAUCGAGGCCCAGACCCUGUGCCACACGGUCAACGAGCACCUGAAGGAGGCCCAGUGUCAAUACACCACCCUAGAGAAGAAAUACAACAAGGCCAAGAAACUCAUCAAAGACUUCCAGCAGAAGGAGGUGGAGUUUGUCCAGAAGGAGGAUGCAGAGAGGAAGAGGCUGGAGGAUGCAGAGAAGUCCCACCUGGAAGAGAUCCAGGGACUGCAAGUCAGGAUUGCAGCCCUGGAGUCUGAGCUGAUGCAACUGAUGAAACAAAAUGGCAUCCAGGUGAACAACAACAACAACAGUGCCCAACAGAGUCCUGGGAAGGCCGGUCCUGCCAGAGAGCUGAAUGAGGAGGUUCCCCACACUGGGAGCAGACAGAGCCUCUCCAGAGGACGACUACAGAACAGCAUCAGCUCUGCAGAGGGAGAGGCAUCAGAGUGUCCUGGCAGUACUCGUUCGUCCGUCCGGAGUGCAGCCUCCAGGGCCCCUGGCAGUGCUGAGGGCUCCCCCAGACACACCCUCUUCCAGCAGGCUGCAGACAACGACGGGUCUCAGUCUCCUGUGGUGUCCAGCCCCUCUCUCAGCCUGGAGGAGAAGACCACCAGCAGAGGUCUGGACCCACUUAGACCAAACAAAGGGAAGGACCCCAGAAGCUCACCUGGAAACAGUUCUACAGAGCCCUCUGCUGAGAAUAGCCCAGAGAAACUCAAGGCCAAGGGUCCUGUGGUGAAGGAUGAUCUGAGUGCCAGCAGUAGCAGCUCAGGGGAGGUCUGUGGUCUGCUGACUGAAGCCAAGAUGUCCGGUCGCUCACACACCCUGGUGCUCUCCUCAGACGAGAGUCUGGAUAUGAUAGACGACGAGAUCCUAGAUGAGGGCCAGUGCCCCAAGCAGCACCAGUGGCAGAAUCUCAGUGUGACAGAGUGGACCUCCCAGCAGGUGUCUCGCUGGCUCAUGGGACUAAACCUGGAGCAGUACAUCCCAGAGUUCACGGUCAAGAAUGUGGACGGAGACCAGCUACUGCAGCUGGACAGUACUGAGCUCAAGACCCUUGGCGUUGCCUCCUUCCAGGACCGGGCUCUGAUCAAGAAGAAGGUGAAGGACCUCAAGGUCCUGAUGGAGAAGGCUCGGAGGAACCGGCAGAAACUGGACAAACAGCGAGAGAAGCUCCGCAAGAAAGAGCUUGAGCAGCAACAGAAACAAGCCCACAAACCCAGCAGCAAGGGCCACUCCGAAACAGCAGAGGGCGCAGCAGAGUAACCCACGCCUUUAAGACCUACCUCUCCUUGUCUUUCUACCGACCACGGGUACAAAGUAACAUCUCCAGGGAUAGAAGCAGUCAACAGAACCACUGAGCUGAUAUACCAGAUGUAUAUGUGAUAUGUCUAUGAUUAGAACACCUAACAGGGCUUGAGUUCAGGCUGUGGAGUCCACUACUACUGGAGGCUGUCGAGCUACUGUACCACCGAACAGAUGAUUCUGAAAUGAGCAGACAGUUGGAAAGAUGCUGCCCACCCACCCGUCUGCCUCUCACCUCAUUGUACAUCCUCGUAGUGUUUCCAAACCUCCUGCUCCAUUACAUUCUAUUUAUUUUGCUGUAAUUUAGAUGUAUUUAUUCACUCUGAGUAUCUUUUUAAAGGUCUUCAUCUUGAGACAUAUCACACCUGUCUGUGGUCCUCCUCUUUCUAUGAUGUGUUAUACAGUUGAAGUCGGAAGUUUACAUACACUUAGGUUGGAGUCAUUAAAACUUGUUUUUCAACCACUGAA